AUGCUCGUGCUCGCCCUCGACGAGUUCCUCGACGAAUCUCCACACGGAGUCGGGCCUCAAGUCCUCGACGAGUUCCUCUCCGGCAAGACCUACAUCUCCGGUGAAGGAUCAGAUUGGAGCGUAACAACUAUGAUUCUGAACCUAUGCUGCGUUCAUGCGGGUAUAACAAUUAGCAAUAGCUUUACUCAAGUUGAAGGCCGUGUUCUACCGGCUCCUAAGCUAAACGUGGGCAAUGGAGAGGAUUUCUUCCCCCGCAAUGGACGGUGGAGCUUUCAUAAUAAGAAAUUUGUUGAGCCAGCUAAGAUACAGAAAUGGGCUGUGGUGAACUUCUUUGCUCGGUGUGACAUGCGUGGGCUUAUAAGAGACCCGACUAGAUUAGCUGAAAUGAAAGGACUUCUCACCGAACAACCUUUUGACGUGUUUGAGGAAAGCCCCUAAUUCAGAAG